UCAAUUAUUGUUCUCCACCCAGUUUCCAUCUCUGUAGUCCAUUCCCACCAUGUCCAAACCGUAAUUGCUCCUGAUUCUCUGGUAGGCGGCUCGGUCUCCAAUUCUGGAUCUCUAUACCCUAUCGGCCGUUUGGAGUAUUAAGGAUUAAGACUUGCAGGGCGUGAACAGAUUGGUUUGACGGGCAGCUUUGGUAAAAAAAUAUGUCGGUCCAUAAUUUGGAGGCCAAUCCAGAUCGAAUUAGUGUUAGGAAUGCAAAUUUUCUUUAUACUCCAACUUUGUAUCCAUCGGAAAUGCUGAAUUUCGCUUCAAAAUCUAAUCCGAGGGAAGCUGCUUUUGGUGGUUGGAGAAGCCUUGAUCCCCAUCAAAACAAUGAUAAUUGGAUGGCAGUGAAUUAUGCAGCUGAUCAGUCAUCAUCUCUAGGUAGAGAGAUUGACCACAAACCUAAUUUUGGUUACGAUGAAGAUGAUGCUGUUACUUUGGCUUCCUACGGAACACAAGGGCUAGACCUGGCUUCUUAUCAAGAAAGGCUCAAGGAAAUUUAUGGUCAAGGACAGGGACUGGUUCUUCUUCCUGAAUCCUCCAUGGCGAAUGAUGAUCAUGCUAGUAUUGCUUCUCAGGCGUUAUCUCUCUCUCUUUCGUCGAAUCCGCCGCGUAAUUUGCAUGAAUCACAACUUGCUGAGGCUUAUCAUUAUGAUUAUUCCAAAUCUGUCAAGUCCGGAAGAUCCUUUAAUGGUACUGGUCCUCUAGGGCCUUUUACUGGGUAUGCUACGAUUUUGAAGAGUUCAAGAUUCUUGAAGCCAGCGCAAGAGAUUUUGAAUGAGUUUUGUAAUAUUAACAUUGAUGGUUCAAGAGUGAUGCUCAUGGAACAAUCAGAAGAUCAUGCAAGUAUUUCAGCUUCAAUUGCAUUGGAGAUGGCCGAAAGAGAAGCUAAGGCAGUGGGUUGUGAGGAUCCUCACAAGGUGGAUUUUCAACAAAACAAGGCCAAACUUCAAUACCUGCAGGAGGAGGUAUGCAGAAUGUAUAAGCAAUAUCAUCAGCAGAUGCAAAUGGUGGUUUCAUCAUUUGAAGCCGUGGUGGGUCUUAGUGAUGCCACACCAUACGUUUCAUUUGCAUUGAAGAAGGUUUCGAAUGAUUUUUCGUCUAUCAAGAAUGCUAUCUCGGAUCAUGUGAAGCUUCUUAUUGAUGGCUUGGGGGAGGAGUUUCCAUCCACAACCACAGGUACUAGCAGUAGCAAAAGUGAUACGAGUUUUUCACGGGUAAAAUACAUGAACCAAAGCAACGCAGGCUUAUGUAGACCUCAUGUCUGGAGGCCACAGAGAGGCCUACCAGAGCGUGCAGUAGCCGUUCUCAGAGCUUGGUUGUUUGAGCAUUUUCUUCAUCCGUACCCCACGGACACGGAUAAGCUAAUGUUAGCCACUAAAACAGGUCUAUCUCGAAACCAGGUGUCAAAUUGGUUCAUCAAUGCCCGAGUGCGUCUGUGGAAACCCAUGGUCGAAGAGGUACACAUGCUCGAAACGAAAGGUUUUUCAGAAAACAAUCCAAAUCAUGGGAAGAAUAGCAGAAGUGCUGCUGAAUUUACUAGCGGAGCCAAAUGCAAUGCAGAACAACAAUACUCAAACAAGCUUGGCAAAAGUUCCAUGUUGGACAGGCGGCAAUUGGAAUGCUGGGGUGGUAGUGAACAUGAUUAUUGGCAAAGUCAGGAGAAGAGGUCAAGAGUGGAAUGCCAGGUUUCAACCAUCAUGGAUGGCUCGUUAAUGGGUUUCUUGCCAUACCAGAGAAGUGGGGGGAUUGACAUUGGUGAACUUGGAGCUGUUUCUCUUACUUUAGGUUUAAGGCAUGGUACUGAUGGUGCACAACUGCAGGAGCAACUGCAACAACAGGAAGAUGAGCUUCGAAGGCUUGUUUGCUGAUUGAUGCAUGUGUUAUGGUAGAUAUAUAUAUAUAUAUAUAUAUAUAUAUAUGGGACUAAUGGAGGGUUGAUGUAAUAGGCAUUACUGAUUGUCAUCAACAAACAUGUUUAAUGUGGAACGGAAGAAGUAAUAACUAAUAUGUUUCAUGGUCA